UUUUUCUUUCCCUCGCGCUUUAAACCCAAGAGAGGGAGAAACCGACAUUCCGAUAGCGAGGGAGAGAAACAUUUGAUGGCGUCGUUUCUCACGAGAUCGUUGAUCAGAGCGUCGAAUCGUCGUUCUUUAACUUAUUCUUCUGCUCUGAAGUUGUCACAGUGGGGUUCUUCUCGCUUUUAUGCGAAGGUUCCUUCUUCAGCUAAAGAGAAGGAGAAAGAGGAGAGGGUAGUAGUUCCGGAUGUAGAACCAGAAGUCUCAGAUGUACUAACUUCUGGAAUUAGCCGUCCAUUGUCGGAAAUACUCAGAGAACUCAAUAAACGAGUUCCCGAUUCUCUCAUCAGAGUCCGAACGGAAGACGGGUUCGCCGUUAAGUACGUUCCCUGGCAUGUUGUGAAUCGGAUUAUGAACUUACAUGCUCCAGAAUGGUCUGGCGAGGUUCGGAGCAUCACCUAUUCUGCUGAUGGCAAGUCUGUCUCUGUCGUUUAUCGUGUAACUCUCUAUGGGACUGAUGCAGAGAUUUAUAGGGAAUCUACUGGGACUGCCUCUGUUGACGAUACAAGUUAUGGAGACCCUGUUCAAAAGGCAGAAGGAAUGGCAUUUCGUCGAGCUUGUGCACGUUUAGGGCUUGGGCUUCAUCUCUAUCAUGAAGAAUUGUCAUAGGAUGGAACAUUCUUCUUUAAAUGGUGUGCAGUUACGUUUUUGUUCUUUGGAUCCUUAUAAAUGCCAGAUUGUUUAUGAGGAAUCAAGAGGCUGCUGUUGAUGUCUUCCUUUGCUGGAUAGAAUUACAUGUAAAUGAGCUUGAAACAUCAAUGCUUGUAUUCAUGUUUGUAGCAGCACAUGUAUCUGUUAGUACUGGAGAAAUUUGUGUACCUUA